AUGAGUGUCCGGACGGCCACCGCCGCCGCCGCCGCCGCGUCGCUGGCGAUCGCCGCCGUCGCGGUCGUCACGGUCGCAGGCAACUAUCCGACGUUCGAGGGCGCCGCCGAGUUUAGAGACUUGAUGGUGCCGGCCGGCGCGCCCCUCGGCUCGCUCAUCUACCGUCUGAGGGCUUCCGACCACGACAAGGACUAUCCGCUGUAUUUCCAGGCCACCGGUACGCCGUCGCCGUCGCUGUGUUAAUAUUAGGAACUGGCCGAUAUAAGAACAACACAAUAAACACGACCGCCGCCGCACUUUGCCGACACUGUGUUCAGUUCGUACGCAGGUCGUAGACUCCCGGGAACCAAAAGUCUCCUUGUACUCGGUCCGGCCUCCUUUGUCCUGACCGUUCUCGGGGUAUCUUACGUAGCAUCAGUCCUGCUGGUCUCUACACGUGUCCAACCCAACUUAUUCCACUACGCUUCGUUUAGGUUCCAAGUUUACUAUAGCCUCGCCAGCUAUCUGGGCUAUUUGUCUGCUAUCCGGUUUAAGCCGCGCGCGGUUUACCGACGUGCCCGACGAAUCCGAUAAACACAAAUCGAACAGCUGAAAAAACUCGCCGCAAAUAUACCGUUUGGCGAUGAUACAGUGCUAUUUUUUUUAAUUUUCCGGUACCGGUUUUAUAAGAAAACGUAAAUGAAUAUCGUUUAUUGGAAUUGAACUAGUCCAAAAUAUAAUAAUGGGUACUAAAUAUAUAUAUUGUAUUUUAUAUACAAAGUGUUUCUGAAUGUUUUUAUUCGUACGUACAUCACGGACGGUGUCGUAUUCACCGUAUACAUCCACUCGGUUUUUAAUCUAUCCCGAAACUCACGGUUCCGAUGAACCUCAGGAUCCCUAAAAACUUCCAUUUACGUAUUACAACACUAUCCGUACGUAUGGCAAAACGUUUUUUUUUCAGAUCCCGACGCGUGCAGGCAGGUUCUCCAAAACGCCAAAUACAAUAGAUUUAUUCCUUUUGCACAAACACCGUUCAUACGCAUAGCUAUUCGAUUUACCGUACUUGGAAUUUCGGAACAAUAUAAUAUACGAGAUCAAUUAUCGAUUAUUAAAAAAUUUAAUUAUUCUCGACGCAUUCACAGAUUUCGGUAGCUACGUGAUAAGAAUCGAGAAUCUACCAUGCCCGGCAAACACGACGGCCGGUUGCCAGGCGGACGUGUACCUGGACCGAGUGCUGAUACCGGGUCAGACGUUCCAGUUCCGGAUAACGGUGCGGGACACCAGGGGUGACACCACCACGGUGCCGGUAAGGCUGGUGGCCACCGAAGCCCGGAGCGACGUCGAAAACAUAUUCCCGCAUAUACCCGCCAUCGUUAUCGUGCCCGAGGUACUUACCUUUAAUAUAUUCUAUAAUAGCAUACGGCAUUUUGGACAAGCAUGACAUAUUUUUAUAACGCGCACUGCAGGACGUCAAGGUCAGCUCUGAACUGGAAUACGUGAUUGUCAAGAAAAAUCCGGAAUCCCGGAAGUCGGCCAGUAUCGAACUUAGGGUGAGUCAUCAGUUCACUGGCGAUUCGUUUAUCGUAAUAUUAUUAUUUAUGGUUCGGAACGUAUAGAACUUGAAACUGACGAAACUGACACUUAAAAAUUCCAAUUCCAAAAAGGCUAAUCUAAAAUAACACAAUAUUCUUGUAGUUUUCUUAAUAAAUAAGAAAAACUGGCUAUUUUGUGUUUAAUUAUUGUUGAUUUUUGGAUUACCUUGGCAAUAACGGGAAAAAUCGGAACAAUAAUACUAUGCUUAGAAUCGUUUUCCGUUAGAAAUACCUCGUCAUUGCGUACAGAUAUGAAUUCAAUUAUUCUAUGGACUAUUCUUCAGUUCAACUUCCCUUCUAAAACAGUGGAACAUCCACCAGCAGUCUCUUUAGUGUUGUCAAUAAUUAUCAUCUAUAGACACUCUAUACUAGUAUAGGUAUUUUAUUUGAAUCCGGGUCGAUUGGUACGAAUUUUUUUGGUCGACAAAUUGGGUCGAUUGGUAAAUAUUUUCAUAUGUGCAAAAAAUCCUUAUCAAAUAAGUAUCCAAGCAAAUAAAAAUAUGCGUUUUAAUCUAACUUGAAGCAACUUUAAAGUUAUUUUAUUUUACACUUUAAGCAUUUUGAUUAUUGCGAAAACUUCAUUUGAAUAACUCAUAUUUAAUGUUAAUCAAAUUUGAAUUUGUAAGUAGGUAACCUAAGUAGUAACUACACAAGAGCGUUUAAAACUGUUUGGAUCCAGAUGAUUCAAUUAUUGCUAAUAACAGACUGAUAGGAAAAAGCACUAAUCGCGCGUACGGAUUGUAUACUUGUACCCAAAAUUAUUGUUAUAGUGACUGUACCUAUUGUAGUCCUAUAGAUAAGUAAUGUAAGCUGCACGUUGUACCAUUUGUACCUAUAUAAUUAAAUAAUUUCUAGAUAACACACUCUGUGCAAAUGAAUUUGCCAUCACGUUGCAUAUGGAUUUAUGAUAAAUGCGUGUAGGUAUACAGGUACUUCCGUAACGUGUGCUAAUAAUGUUUCGUUAUGGAGACGAUCGCACGAUAGUUCAUUCACUAAAAUAAUAUAUGAUAUUCGGCACGCGUCCGCGGAGAGAACGUAAUUUUCCAUAUACGCGUUGAAUAAGAGUCGUGUUAUGAUAAUCAUGUACCUAUGCUCCCAUCACGAAAGUCAUUAUUCUGCACGAGACAGUCGAUAGUAAUGAUAAUAAUAAUAUGAGCGAUUUCUCGCCACCCGUUCCAAACAUUAUUUUUCCCACUAUCACUUUUUUCGAUAAUAUUAUCCGUGAGUGGGUAUAUUAUAAUAUGGUAGGUAAAAUUUACGUAAAUCGGUUUUUUUUUUUCUUUAAUUAGAAAUGAGUUAAACACAUAAAUAUAUAAUAUACAAAUCAAUACGAUAGUGUAUAUCAAACGUAAAUACACGCACAUAGAGAAAGAACAACAUGAAGUAUUAUUGAUUUUUCUUUCAAUCAAAUAGAUACAAAUACAAAUGCAUAAUAAACAACAAAAUGUGUACUGUUUACAGAUGCAGACGCGGGGGUGUAUAUUAAAAAUAAUAAUUGAUCACAUAUAUUAUUUAUUUAUUUUACGGCUUGUUUCCUUUUUAUAUUGUACGUUCUCGAUUUAAUCGAAAAGUGCUUAUGAUAAAAUAAAAAAAAAUAAAAAAGGCGUGUUUCUCACGAUAGGUGGACCAAUGUUGUAGGUGAGAAGUUGGGAAAGAAGAUGGGAAAUUUAAUGUACAUCUAUACGCAAAGAUCAAUCAUCGCUCACGAAUAACGAUUCUGAACGGAGUUCGUUUAUAUAUGUUUUGAAAGGUAGUAAUAUUUUUGAUUUGAAAUUUCGUAAAUUUUCCCGUUUCUUCUAUGUUCUUUUUCUUCGGUUUUUCCCAUUUAUAAUGAAUUCUCCUGCUCAGAUCAAAAAAUAAUCUUCUUUAAGUACCACCCUAGUCAGAUAUCAUUUCAGAAAAAGUGCUACGCUUGAAAAUCGGAGCAAAAUUCUUGGUAGAAAAACAGAAAAAAUGUUUUUAAAAAAAAAUAAACAUAAUUGUAAAAGCAAUACAUUCCUCGCUCCACUUAAAGUCUAAAAUCAAUCGAAAAUCGAUACACAGUACCUACUUGGGAAUUUAGAAAAACGUUCAAUUGCACCGAGCGGAAAAUCCGCAACUAUCACGGCGCGAGCGUUUCGGAGCUAAACCGAAAGAGAGCGUUUUCCGUGGGAGAAAAACGUAUCGAAAGAGAGUAGAUUUUAAGAGAACGCUAUGUCUCCGUAAUACAACCGCACAACAAGCAAAUUUUCGUACAGCGUGGACAACUCUGUGCUGCCGGUCUUAACAUUACAAUGGACGCAUCUAAUAUCGGAUUUAAAGACACGAACAUUAUUCGCGUCUUGUCGUAAUUUUAAUUUAAAAGCGAGAUAUCCGCAAUUUUAAAUCGUCAUGUUGCACACAAUCGCAUUUCCGAGUAUCUCGGAAGGGGACUACGCUGCGGGUUUCACGAGCAAAAGUUUACCAUACCACACGGGAUACCUGCGUGCGACCCGUCUCGUGGCCACUUUCACCGUCAUAUUGUUUUCCCGGUCGGGCGGGUUGUACCCGUAUAUACAUAUAUUCAUAAUAUGGGUGUACGUCAUAUCCGAUAUUAUAAUUUUAUUGAGAAUGCAUAGGCGGGUACCAACUGUAUGAACACAUGGGCGUGCGCAGACCUUGCUGGGGGAGCGCGUAAAAACUUGGACGGUACAAAUCUGGAGCAUAACAUUUUUAAAUCCGCAAAAAUCGUACGAAGGAGAAAUACUUGAACAUUUAACACAAGGUUCUUUAUAAGUUAUACGACGCGCGGGAGUUAUUUUCAAUAUUAAAUUCCAAAUUUAUACCGUUUAGAUUUUUACCGUCCAAAUGUUUACAUUCCAAGUUUAUACGUGAACCACUUGCUGGCAGGGGGGAUCGGUAUAUAUACUCGUAUUAUAUGUAAUAUAAUUAAAUAUUAUUUUUGUAAUUAAUUUAUUAUUUAGUUCAAUUGGUAUAUUCACGAUGGAAGUAUUUUAAUUUUAUGUAUCAUUAAUUUGAUUACAAAUUUAUUUUAAUAAUUGAAAUUUCGUGGUUUUCGAAUGAAAUAUUUAUCCCCCAGGAGGGGCAGCUGCUCUCCCUGCCCUGCCCUCCCCUCAUACGCGCACGACUAUGUGCGUAUACGAUUGCGACCGCAACGCGAGAUAACGAUAUCGUUGCGAAACCAUUCGAAAAUCGUUUUUCUCGUAUUACUACCCGUGACGUUACCUAUUAUAUUAUAUUAAAUAUGUACAUGUGUGUGUGUGUGUAGGGAUCUUCGGAGUUGACCAUAGGUCGUUUGCGCAUCAACAAGGACACGACCACCGGUACGAUAUCGGUGUCCCGGCCGCUAGACUUCGAGACCAGGAACAUGUAUCGGCUGCAAGUGGUCGCGUUGGACAUGUACGCGGAGAUCGGCAAAGAUUCCAGAAACGCGGCGGCGUUCGAGGUCAUCGUGGUCGUGGAAGACGUGCAAGACACGCCGCCGAUAUUCACCCGGCUCGAAACAAUAGUGCAUCUGCAUAACAACAUGUCCAUUGUGAGUGGCCGCGUUAUAUUAUAUUAUGCACGUCCGUACAAUAACGAUAAUCGUAACGAUAAUGUGUAUCGCGCGGUCCGAACGGCGAACGACCGGUAGAAAUCGAAUUCGAUCGAACCGUACUUUUAUACAUUAUCGCGCGCACGUACGCAUUAUUGUUAUGCGCCGGAGAACGUCCGGGCGGGUCGCGGCGCGCGGGGCGAACGGACAACAUCAUCGAAUAACGUCGUUUCGGUUCGCGCGGCGUCGGCGCGUCGCGUUUAAAUUUUCAUUCUCGAAACGCCCUAUUUUUCCGGUCGCGUUUCGGACGCGUUUCGUUUUUCCGUCGCUACAAACGAACAGCGCCGCCGUCGCCGCUGUACUGUGCCAUUUUUGCUGGCGUAGCGGCUCGAGACCGUGGACUUCACCGGUUUGUCGCUGAUUGCGUUUACAAGCGACCAAAAGAGCAGCACGGCAAAACCGGCCCGACUAAAUAUUCGGAGGCCCCAUUUUAAAACUGAAAUGGCGCCCCCGGUUACGUUGGCGGUCCGACGAGAAACGCGCACGGUUUAAACCAUCCUCUUAUCAAAAGGACGUUAUUGAUUACACCAUACCUGCGCAGUAUUUGAGAAGCCGUGCAUAGGCAUUUCAUAUGCGCUGUUCGGGUCCACAUCACGAGUAUUCAUCGUGUAAUCGCGAAAUCCGUUCGAGAACACGUACACGCAAAACAGAAAAGACGAGUGCCCUCCAAAGUGACUUUUAGAACGUUUUACUGUAUUAUUCGUUAUUAUCGAAAACAAUAUUAUUAGGGCGCAUACCGUUAUAUUGGUUUUCAAUUUACUUGAGUGGGACGGUAAAUAGAUGUUCAAAAUUUUUUUUAAAAAAAUGGCCAUUUUUUGCAAUGAAUAAUAUUCGUGAUUUUUUUUUUAAAAAACUAAUACUGAAUUUAAGGGAUAAGGUUAUUGCGUUGUUUUCUUUUUUUUUUUUCACCGUAGGUUGUUUCAAGCUAAGCUAAAGUGCACUUGCUCAUUUCGAGAAAAAACUAUUUUUCGAUAGGUACCAGAUUUGUAUAUUACCAACGAAUUGUUACACUGAACUAACCUAGUUAGAGAUUAACUAAUUAAUUUCCCGACGAAAAGUAUGUUUAAUAAAAUGUCUUAUAGUGAAUAAGAUAAGGUUUUGAAUGAGAUACGAGAAGAAAACCGCGGCGUAAAGAAGAUAGAGUUUUUGCAGAUAAAGUCGGCGUGCUGCAGUACCUAAUGAAUAGACCGUGACUGUAGGAAUCGCGUGAAAACGGCAUGUAAGCGGUUCGGGUGUGUUCGAGAGGAUAUGGGACCGUGUAACGGAUAACGUGCCAAACGCGCGUGUGUUCGAAAACUCUGCGGCGACAAUCGCGGGUAGCAAACAAUUCAAUUUUAUAAUAAUCGAGUUGUGAAAGUCAUUUUUUUUUUUUUUUUCUGAUUUUAUUGUUGAACGCUGUAUACGAAUAACGUUGAGACAAUAGACGUGUUAUAUUAUAUGUAGACUCGGUGUAUAUAAACUUAAAAAUUACGUUUAUGGAAUCGUAUAUAUAUAUAGCCGGUGCGGUACUCAUUAACGGACUUAUUUUGUGUGUUUAUAGCCAACAGUACUUUGACAAUAACCACACAAAUUGGAAUUGUCGCGUUUAAAAUUUCAAAUUUGUUUUCAUUAAUAAAAACAGAACAGUUGUUAUGAGAUUGUUUUUGUGUGUUGAAAUAGUUUUGUCCUUAAGUUUUCGUCUGUCACGUUUGUUUCAUAAGUGUUUUUUUUAUUUUUAUUAUUACAGGGCGACGUCGUUACCAAAGUGGAAGCGAUGGACGGCGACAGGGGCAAACCACGGCGGAUCAAAUACGGUCUGGUGUCGGAAAACAGACCGUUCACGGUACUGUUCGAAAUUGGACUGUUUUCGGGUGAGCAGCAAAGGACGAUAAUAAAAUAGACUAAAUCCAUCGUCCGGGCGUGCGCAAAAGGUGGGCCGUGUGUGCCGUGGGCUGAAAUGAAAUUUUCUCGUUAUGGGCUUUAUUUAGUUAAACGCAAAACCACGAGGUUUGCAAAACCGCCAUUAAAGUAACCAAAAAAUCAAACCAACCGACCAGUGCGACAACCGCUAGCUUAUCAUUUACUAAUCACUGUCUUGUGUUCGAGGUUUAUCGUAAUAGCGAUAGUUAAUAUUAUAGAAAUACAUGAAACAUAGGUGCCGUAGGCGUUAGGCUCCGUGCCUAGGUCCACGGUAAACAAUAUGGUUUUUAAGAAUUGAUAUUUCGCAUUCAUUGUUUUCUUUUUUUUAUGGGAGGGGGAUUGAAUUCCAUUUAAGGAAUGUCGGCUCAUUUCUUUUAUGGCACACACACACUGCCGAAAAAUCCUGCGCGACUCUAUGGGUAGCGAUGACGAGAUAUUAUAUUAACCGAUUUUGGUACACAGGCGAGGUAAAAUUGAAAAGGUCCAUGUCGGAGUUGGUCACGAUAACCGGGGGCAAACAACCGGCAAUGCUGACGGUGAUGGCUGACGAAGAAGUGACCGGAGUCGGUGAACCUCCGGCCAUGUCCACUCUGGCCGAUCUGGUGCUCAUUUUGGACGACGUGGUCAACAGUCCACCAUACUUUCAUAACGCCAAGUGCGUAUACCACACGAUAUUGUAGAAUUACCGGUUUCCAAAUUUACGAUUUUUAAUUGUUUCUGUACUUCUGGAUUCAAAAAAUAUAAACAGCAACAAUGUACAAUCAAUUCUUCCUAGUAAAAUAAACGAAAAAUAAAACUUUUUUAGAUUCUGAGUGGAGCGAAGAAGCUUAUAGUUUUACAAAGAUGUUUAUUUUUGUUUUCUACUAGUAGUUUUACUCCAGCUUUUAAUGAUAGCAAUUUUUCUAAAAGGAAAUUCCAUUGGGGAGGUACUUUAGAGAGGCCGUUUUUCGAUUUUCUCCGGAGUUUUCUCAGAAAAUGUGAAAAAUUGGAAAAAAUAUGAGAAAACCAGGAAAAACUUAGGAAAACCGGGAAAUCGAUACAACAUUAAACAAAUAUUAUUAAAGAAAAUAUACAGAGCAUUUUUAAUUAUUUUACUAUAGUAUGGCAUAUAUAUUGUUGACAAAGCAUCACUAUCAGCUGAAUUCCGCUCAGAAUCGUUUUUUCAAUUGUUCGAUUGUUUGAUUUUUCGCAAUGGUUUAUCAUUGCUUGCGGGUAUACGUUAAAUUACCUACAACAGUGACUGCUCUCGUCCCCGUUGUCCUAGAACGUAUUUUUUUGUAUAGUCUCGAUAAACGAACAAAAUAUUUUAAAUAUCGUAAUCACAUAUAAGUUCGGCAAAAAUAAAAAAAACAAAAACAAAAAUCUCCAAUAAAACAUCCACUCGGGUUCGAUAGCUAUCUAAUUAAUUAGCUCGUUGUCAAUUUGACGUUUUCAAUGGUUUUUUUUUCUGCGUGUAUCCCCUGACUGAUCAAAGUAUAACACGGGAGGUUUAUGUUUACGUCACCGUGAAUCUCCACUUGAGAAAUUAACUGUAUUAUUAUUGUUAUUUUUUUUUUUUUCCAUACGUCCGCAGCUACGCUUGUCGUUUGAACGAGAACAGCGGUCAAGGGACGACGUUGGUGUUCGGUGACGGUUACGCGACGCAAGUGCACGACGACAGUACGGUAUGACGAAACAAUGGUGGGGGGAGGGGAAAGGAGGAGGAGGAGGGAAGCACGUUGUUAUAAUAUUUUGUGUAUCACCUAGUGCAUUUUUGUGCGAUUUUAAGUGUUAAUCUAACACGUUACGCGUGUCGUAAACAUAUACGUAUUAUAAAUAUGUGUGUGUGUGUGUGUGUGUGUGUACAGGGCAAGGAAUCGGUGUACGCUCUGACUUUGGAAAACAAUAACGGCACGUUUGAAGUGACGCCGGCCGUGAUUGACAGACGCGGCCGAUUCACCAUAAUGGUGCGCAACAACCGUCUGUUGGACUUUGAGAGCCGCCCGUCGGUCCGUUUCGAGGUCGAGUAUACAAUAAUAUAAUAUUACACUAAUUUUUUAGCCCGACCGUAGUCGUCGUGUACCGGCUCUUAUUAUAGUAUUACGCUAUUUUUGUUAUCGAAAACAAUAAUUUAUUAUUAUUAUUAUUAUUAUUAUUAUUAUUACAUUAUUCGAGCGCGGGUACAGUAAUACCGCGGACAGAAAACGGACCGUUUGACGCGUACUGCGGUGUUUCUUAUUUCUUUCUUUCUUUUUUUUUUUUUCUUAAAUCACUUCAACGGUUUCGUAACGAUGGCAGUGUGCAAAGAAUGUGGAAAACUCCGCUAACUAUAGUCCGUAACGCCCGGGUAUUUUAAAUAGAAAUUCGUUUGAAAAAAAACUACUUUGCAAGAUUUAUGAAACGAUAUUAAUUAUGUAUUAGACGUGCCCCGGUGCCCUUCUACAGCCGUCAAAAACGCGAACCUAGGGAGACAUGGACGGGGGGGGGAGAGCACUUGCCUCACCCCAUUGACUUGGUAAGUGUGUGGACAGGUCAUUUUGGUCGGUGGUCAUUUUCAGACUUGACAGUAAAUUGUAGUUUUGGAGGUGAAAACCGUUUGUUAUAUAGAGUGUAUAGUAUAGCGUCAUAACGGCACACAAACAGUAGAACAAUUAAUUCGAUAUUAUUGUAGUAGUCCUAAAUUUUAGGUGAAACAGGCAUAAAAUAUACCGCAAUACCCCACACCAGUGUCGAUUUCUGAAUACGUAUUUUUUUUUAAAAUUUUUCAAUAACAACACGAUGCGUCGGUACGAAUUUACGAGAAUAAAAUAUACAAGAUGCUUAUAUUGCUGGGCGGCCGGUCAGACGUAAAUGCAGAACAGCGACAGGCGCGCCACCUCCCCCACUUGGUCGUAUUAUAGACUAUUAAAAAUUACUAAACACCAAAGUGCGGUACUUAAAUUUGUUGUAUACAUUUUUAAAACAAUAUUAUUUUGUAGUUUAUACCACUAUACACGUACCUAUAACAACAUCAUAUUGUGAUAUAAGUCGCCAUCGUCGUCUUCAUACAUCAUUCAUGUAGGUAUUUGUCGCUUAUGAUUUUCGAGGUAACCCUUAGUCUAUGAAUAUAUUAGAACGGAGUGGGCUAAUUCUUUUUCCCCAAGGAUGGACGGGUAUUUUGGUAACUGAUCUUAUUUGGCAGCGGCUAUACGUCAUUUCGAAAUGGUUUGCGCCUCUGCGUCUGCAGUGUUUAACGGUGUUCAGAGGAAGUUUAUCCGCGCACUAAAUGCGUCUGCUAAACUCCUUUGCGUGAUUACAUCGUUGUACGCCGCCACGCUCUUGCACUUGAUACGCUAGCCAAUCGUAGGCUCAAGUCCAACACGGUCCUUCCUCACAAACCUCCUCGAUAACAAUAUGCCCCUAUCAACUUAUCCUCAUUCAUCCUCUUCAUUCUUAUUGCCAGUUUAAGUGCAUGCAAUAAUACUUUAUAAUAUUGUACUUAGUUAAAAAGUCUAUAGAAUUCCGUACCAAUACAAUUACAAAUGCCGCGCGAUUUCCAAUCUGACCUUGUCCAACAGAUGGUGGCCACCGAGCUGUCCGUUGCCGGCAACGCGAACAGCACUCGGUCCACGGCCAGGGCGUCCGUGGUGGUGUAUUUGGACGACGUCAACGACAACUCUCCGCGGUUCACGAGCACCGUGUACACCGCCCAGCUGCCCGAGAACGCCACGGCCGGCGUCCGCGUGAUAACCGUCCAGGCCGUCGACCCGGACACCGGCCCGUUCGGCAGCGUCCGGUACACGGCCGUGUUGGGCUACAGGAAUUCGUCGCUAGUGCUGGACUCGCAAACCGGCCUCAUAACCGUGUCCAACGACAAUCACGGGUUCGACCGAGAGGAAUCGGCUGGUAAUCCUGCACAUAGUGUAACUUAUAAAAAAGUAAAAACUAUUAAAAAAAAAAUAAAUACCCAUCUAAAAAUAACAACAAAAAAAAAACACGAUUUUAUCGCAAUAAUUCGAAAAAAUAAAAACGGCGAAAAGCCACGUUUUUCUGGCCGUAACACGUUUAGAUACACUAUACACAAUAUACUUUAUUCUCUCUCGAAAAAAAAAAAAAAAAAAAAAAACGUGAACCCAUAAUCUAUUUGUCGGUCCAAACCUGAUAUUGUUUCAAGGAAGUUCUAAGUAUUUUAUGUAAAACUUGGUCGAUAAAAAAAAAAAAACGACGACGAGUUUUAAUAUCUCGGGUAGGGCGGAAAACAGUCGUGUAUCAAGUGUUUUAUUCGUGUAAACGAACGCACGUAUUAUAAAGGUACGUAACGCGGGUUAAAAUAUCAAAAUUUACCCAAACGUACCGUUUUUCUAGAUCAGAAUAUUAUUUAACGAGUAUAAAACACGUUUAAAAUAUUCGUUCGUGAUUCUAGAGUACAGAUUAACCGUGGAGGCCCGCGACAUGGACGGAAGCGGUUUGGCGACUACCGUACCGCUUAUCAUACACGUGUUGGACAUAAACGACGAGACGCCCGUUUUCCAAGACAUGCCGAUUCAGUUCGUUUUAUCGCAAGACAUGCGUAACUUCACGGAACGAGCUUUCAUCAAGGUUAAUAAAGCGGUUUUUUAAAAUGUUUAAAAAAAAAAAAAAACCAGCCGCGAGCAACAGAGCUCCGUCAUUAUAGAGUCAAAUAUUCCCACAGACGACACGUUGCCGUCACAAUAAUUUAUUUACGUUUUAUUUUUUAAUCGCAUACAAAUGGUCUGUGAGAGGGCUGAAUGUUGAAACCCCCAAAAGGAAAAUCCUUGAUGCCAACGCUUUGCUUAUAGAAAAUUGCAUCCCCCUGGCUUCACGGGAGGGUCUGUACUUAUGUAGAGGUAUACUGCAAAGCUACAAAAAUAUCCUCUUCCCGUAGCAACACGGUGAUAUUCGUAACGAAAUUCAAUCAAUAUUUUAUCGCGAGACAACUCCGAUUUUCAACUCGUUCGGCCCAGAGGGAGCCGCUACAAAUGUCCAAAAAUGGCGGGAAAAAGCUUACAUAAAUAACAGAGCAAUAUUCUCUAUUUUUGGUAAAAAUUCGAUAACGCCAGAAAGGUGCUGGUAGAAAUAAUAAUUACGAUGGGAAAUAUUCGGCGAUUCGCCGGAGUUCGAUACAGAAUCCGAGAUCUGAAAUGAAAAAUCGAUACUAAAUCCGGAGACGCCGCUUUAUUUUAUGGAUUUUAUUUUCAUAACGAAAUCCCCAAGUUUAGUAUUGUGUAAUAGACAGAACACAGGUUUCGAAAUCCGAAAUCCAACACUCGGUAUUGAUAAUGGUAAUGUCACAUAGCGUCUCUGACUAUAUUAUAGCGAACGAAAAUUUUAAAACGCGCGCGGUCGUCGAUUCGGGUUUGUUUUUUUUUCGAAACGCCUUAAAACCGCGGCAUGUUUUCAAAAUAACAAAACCCGAAUAACAUUCGGAUACGCUAUACAUUAUAAUGUAAUAAUAGGAAUAAUAUAAUAUGUUAUGAAUAUCUUUGUUCCAACACUCUAACACUUUUAUUCCGUAUAAAUCAAACGCCAUGACGCGCGUAGCCCCGUGCCGUUAUACAUCAUUGUAUUAUUAUUAUUAUUAUUUUAUUAUUAUUAUAUUUUUUUUCCUAGGCAAUCGACAAAGACGCAGAAGCCCCGAACAACGUCGUACGGUACGAGAUAAUAAACGGCAACUACAACAAUCGCUUCACCCUGAAUCCAGAAACCGGUAAGGCUCAUAGAUAUUCAUACGGUCGCGCGUGCGCACGCGAACACGAACGCUAUAUAUUUUUUAUUUUGUUCCCCUUCACCGCCCCCCCCCCCCAUCCCACAAACACCCGAUGAAAUAUUAUCGUAUUACUAUUCGUAUAUUAUUAUUAUACGCGUGCGCUACUCACAAUUUACGACUCUUUUGUGUCCCGGCGAACGUCGUAUUGUUGUUAUUGUUAUUAUAAUAUUGUGUCGUGCCGAGCUGUGUCGUCGUAGGUACCCGUGCGGGUAUUAUUUUGUACAGCCUAUGGAGAAACGCUUAAAGACCGUACACAAAUUCGGCGUUGGUAUACGUGUAUAGUAAAUCGAGUUCAAUCCACCCGGGAGUUUUUUUUAUUUAUUUGUUUGGUAAAAAAUCUACAUUAAAGGUUACGAACCGCGGAGUCAUAAUGUCAUAAUAAUAUACUCUAUACGGGUUAACCCGGACACUUACCGGAAAUUUAUUAUUAAUACGAAAAAAAACCCGAGGAACUGCAGGAUGGUUUGAGCCGGUUACGGGGCGGCCAUACAUUAAAUUUUGUGGUAACUGUAGUUUUCCGACAAUCGCAUAAGGGAACGUAAUAUAAUGCAGGAAAUUGCCACUACAUCAAUAAUUAAUACAUAUUAUAUAGUUUGAAGCGUUUUCGAGUGAAAUUACCGAAUUUUCACGACUCAAGGGAAAAUAUUUAAGCGUAUAAAUAUUAUUAUAAAAUACCCCGUGUACCCAAUACAAUCAUCUCUACACACGUGGGACUCGAUCAACCGGUUUAGAAAAAAAAAAAAACGACGAAUUUACGUGAGACUCGAUUUGGCUCGCGAAUUACGUCUAUAUCUCCGCUAUAUGAUUAAUCGAGUUUUUUUUUUUUUUUUUGCAUGCUUCGAAACUUAGGCGAACUCUUCGUGUCCAGCGGCUUGUACGAUUCGAGCAGGACCAGAAGGGACUCGACUAGUAAUACGAUCUCCGUGCUCACCGUCCGAGCCUACGAUUUAGGUGACAUUAGGUUACAGAUGGACACAUUGCUGCCGCCGACCUGCCCUUUCAAGCCGAAAAAAAAUACUUUUUCGACGUUUUUUCUCUUUACUUAAUAACUUGUUAAAUUUAUAUAACUCGAUGAUUCUAAAUUUUUCGUUUUUCUAUAGAAGCAAAUUUUCUUAUGGCGGAUUAUGUCAAUUUACGGUAAAAAAAAAAAAAAAACAUAUUCGUUUACCCUUUGCAAGUGUUUUCGUAUCCUUAAAAAUGGGCAGUGCAGAUGUCGGCGGUCCGAUUUUAACAUUAUUAUAAUACAAUAUAAUGACGUGUGUGUGUGUUAUUACUGUAGGAGUGCCCCAUCGGUGGUCCACGACUCAGGUGAGAAUUUAUCCGCCGUCAUCGGGGGCUAGACAAAUGUCGUUUUUGUUGCCGGCCACCAUGGACACGGUGGCCGUGCACAAUCUGCUGGAACGUCUGACGGGCGCCAAAGUGACCAUCAACUCGAUAAAACCAAACUACGACCACGUCACACAAUCGUUCAACACGGAAAAGUACGUAAUAUUAGGGCACGUUUUUAAUAAUGUAUAAUUAUUUUUUUUUUUUAUUUAUAACGAAAUGUUUGUUGAUUGGAACUCUGGAGUCCGAAAACGACGUUUCCAGAUCCCAGAGUUCAUACGUCGUUUCCGAAACUAUAUAUUAUAAUAGUCUAUACUAUAAACGUGUAUACCGGAAUUACGGUUGAAAAAAAAAUAACUGAAAAUUAACUCCGAUUUCGAUAACAAAAUACAAUAUCCUCGUGUUGCGUCUGUACAGGAAUAUGGUGACCGCUACCGUGGUAUACAACACCGAUACCGUUAUCGACGUCCAGGAGUUCCGCAAACACUUUGAUCAGUGCAAAGGUGGCGCGGACGAUGUUCAUAUGGCGCAAGUAAUAUGAUUAUAAUGAUUGAAUUGAUUUUAGAUUCUGAGUGGAGCGAGGUUGGUUUUACAAUGGUGUUUAUUAUUAUUAAUUUGUUUUAUCAGUGAACAACUUUUCUAUCAAAAAUCUUGUUCCGAUUUACCAGUGUAGCACUUUUUUUAAAAGGAAAUCUGACUGGAAAGGCACUUUAAGGAUGUCAUUUUUUGAUUUUUCCAUAAGUUUUCUCAACAAAUGUGAAAAACCGAGAAAAAAUACGGGAAAAUAUGUACAAUACUGAACAAUUAUUAUUAAAGACAAUAUGCGAUGCAUAUUAUGUAAUUAUUUUACUAUAAUGUUGCAUAAAUAUUCAUAUAUUGUUGACAAAGCAACACUAUCAACUGAACUCUGCGCAGAAUCGUUUUUUCGUUAGCGAUGGUUGAUUUUUGCGUACAGACGGACAAUAAAUUACCCAUAACAAUGGCUACAUCCGUUCUCACUAUCAAAACUAUUUUUCGGAAGGAAUAUGGAGGAUUAACAUUUAAAUUAAACCGUACAAAAUAAAUAGAUACGGUUAAACUCAACUUAUAUUAUAUGGAAUCUAAAUUCUAGACAAAAUGUUGUCUAAAUUAACCUCACCUCGUAUACGCGAUUACAGUGGCAAAUAUUACUAUGAAUAAAUAUUUUGUACGGCAAAGUUUCAUUUCAUUUUCUGUAAUACGCGGUUCGUCAAUGUGUACGUGACAGGGUAUUUCGAAUUUUCAAUUUUUUUUUUUAUUUUUUUAUUUUUUUUUCAGCGGUUAUUGAUUAAUUCCAUUCGAGAUUAAUAUUCACGGGGCGAAAAAAAGAACCCCGCAAAAAAUAAUACUAAUAAUUAACGCUGACAAACGUCUUAAAUUAUACAGCGCUUUAGUAUAACUAUUUUAAUGCAUUUAAAAACAUAUAUUCUAUACACAAAUUAUUUAUUCAUAGGUUUUUUUUUUUUUUUUCGUCGGGCGCGCUUCUGUUUCGUAUUAAUCGGACGAAGAUGUUUUCCACUUACUUAAUGAUGUAGUAUAACAUUGACGUGCGUUGAAGUCAUGUCCACAUUUUGUUCUUUAUUUCUAUAUAAUUAAUAUUAGAGUUGAUUUUACGAGUAGGCAUACUAUAUAAUUUUCGUUAUAAUAUAUUUAGGUACCUUAUCGUCGGCUUUAAACAAAAUAAUUCCGACUGAUAACCGAGAAAACCACUCUAUCAGUGUUCAAGUUUUUAAACGUGUUUUUAUUCGAAUUAUUCGUUGAACGUAUUUCGAUCCACAUUAAUGUUUGCAAUGCACCUACUAAGUGCAGAUGAUUUUUCCGCAAGCCUAUUUUUCUAAGCUCGAGAUUGUAAACACAAGUUCGUAACAUUGUAAUGAAUAUUUACUUUCAGGUAAAUUAUCACCAAAACGAUAAGAACUAUUUGGUUUUCUGGUUGAAUUUGUUACUGUUGCUCGCCGUAUUGUUGGCUAUCCUGUCGCUGUUGUGUUGCUGUUGUUAUCAACAAUAUCUCCGGUUUAUGCACGGGUAAGUACCUAUGUAUUAUAACCUAAAGAUUAUCGAAAAACAAAAACAGACGACAUUUUUCGCACAUCGAGUAUGCCUUUUUUGGUAAGAAAAUGUUAGGCAGUAUAAUAUAUUCAUAUAUAACCUAUGAUAACCUAUAUCAGCUGAAGUUAUUUAAAAAGGGACUAUGCAAUGAUAUAAUAAUAUCGAUGCGAAAUAGAUUUUUGAUGGUGUUUUAGAGUCUUAAUUAGAAAACAAACGGUGGAAAAAAAAAUUGAUUUUCGAUUAAUAUAUCAUUAAACUGAGAUUUUAAAACCAUAUUUUAUAAUAUAUAGGUAAAAAAAAUAUACGGAAGGUGUUGAGCACAAUUUUCGCGCAAAGAUCGCUGAGAGAAAGUAACCGCGAUAAGCUGUCGGCCGUAUAACAGAUUUUGUAGAUUUUAGCUCUUCUUCGCGGGGCACGGAGUCCCAGCUGGUAUUAUGAUAAAUUGAUAACUGUAUAGUUAAACAGUGUUUUCUUUAAUUAUAAACAUUGAACAAUUGAUCGAAUCGCAAUCGGUUAUGUUUAACCGUUAACCGCACAGAGAAACUAAUAAAUGAUACCUACCUAUUAUUAUUAGUUCCAUCACGAUUAGAAAUAAUUAUUAAAUUUAAUGUAACACGCGAUUUUCGUGGAUUAUAUUGACAUUGUUAUCGUUGCAGUUUUCCGGGACAAUUUGGAUUCAUUCGGUAUCCACACAUAGAGUAUAGAUUUAAAGAGAUUAUAUAGUAGAUACAUUUGCAUUCAAAUAGAUAAUCGAUAUAAACCGAAUUAAAACCCCCAAAAAAAAAAAAAAAAUACAAAAAUAAUACAAAUUUACUGUGUUGCAGGUCGUAGCGGAUAGAACAACGUCCGUUAUUUCUUAUUACACUACAGCCCGUUAUUGAAAAAUGAAUUAUUUUUAAAAAAUUAUCCUUCAAAACGCAGAUUUUCUGCCGUAAACGGCUCCAUAGUAAUAUUAUGGUGACUGUAGAUAAAAAAAAAAAAAAAAAAAAAUCAAAAAUUACUCUAUCUGCACAAGCUAGCGCGUCUAUGAUUACGUCGUCGUCGUGUUUCCAUCGGGUUCCAACAUCCAAAUGGAUUCGGGACAAAUCGAUAGCGAUUAUCGUCGUUGAAUAAUGGCCGUUAUAAAUCAUAAUGCUGCGCUGUUGUUUUUAACGACUGGUGAAUGACAUAGGGCUAAACCUAUACGCGAUAGUUAAGUCAUGAUCAUUUUUCACGUAUACCUCGUAGCUCGUUUGGGACGUGACGACGACGUACAUGCCGCGGCUAACGCGAUGUCUGUCGAAAUUUCAGAUCCCGAGCCGAGCGAGGAAUGUAUAUUGGUUUUAGAAAAUCUUUGUUUUUUUUUUUCUUUUUUUUUCUUAUUGUAUUCUUAAUGUCUUUGACCACAUAUCAUCGAUUAGUCCUCCGAAAUUUUUCCGAAAUCCUUUUCACGCCGCAUAGCCGUAUUAAAGAUCCGGAUUUUCUGUACCAUAUGGUGGCAGUAAAAGAUUUUAUAAAACCCGACGACAAUAUGUAAUCGUGGACGAAUUAUAUACACAGGAAAUAAACUGCUUGGCCAAACGGGUUCCACUCUGAGUCGUUGUUUUUUUUUUUUUUUCUUGAAAACCCCAAAAUCCAAAAUCUCACCUAGAACACAGUGGUUUACUCGUAAUGCGAAGCUUGUCCCGCGGGGUUUUUUUAUACUCUGUAUCAUUAAUAUCAAUAUUUUUACAGUAAACGCGUCGACCACGUGCAGAAAAACAAAGGCAUCCAAGCGCCUUCGCCGGGGAAUUUCACCGAAUCGUUCGCGGAUCCCAAUAAGCACAAAGUGUACAUUCUGAGCGAAAAACCCGCGGCGUCUCCGACGGUGCGGUUGGCGAAAAAAACCAGGACAUUGACGAUGCCGAACGUCAUUAAGAAAAAAACCAGCGCGGAGAUGUUGCUCCUGGAAGACGUGGAGGGCAACGAGUACAGAAUUUUGGACAAACCGCGACCGUCUUGGUCCGAUGACACGCCGCCUGACACUAGGCAAGAGAUGUUUUUCAAACAGGGCAACGCGGAAAUAUUGCGAAUCAUGUCCAACGAUUCGUUGGAAGUAAUGGACUCGGCGUCCAACGUGUAUCAGAACGCGUUCAACGUUUUCGACGAGAUGGCGGGUAAAAAAGCGAUCAUGGACAAGUUCUUGAACAGUCAACCGGACGGGGUCGUCGGUAAAGACUUGCAAUACGACGAGGGCGUUCAAGUGAAUUUAACGGAGACGGCGGCACAUCAAGCCAAGGAGGAAGUGAAAAAAGAAACUGCCGCGGACAUCGAGGAAGAACAAAAGAAAAUGGCUGCGUUCCAAAGAGACGUGUUGUUGACCAAGUAAGAACGACUACGUAUAAAUUGGUUUUGUGCGCGGUUUUAAAUUUGGAAGGAUUUUGAAUAAUUUUAUUAGGCUCUACCUAAAUGUGUAAAUAUUAAUUUAAAAAAAUUUAAAUGUUCAAUACAUUUGAAAACGAAUAAAACAUAAAGAAAAUCGUUUCCCGGAACAUAUUUUCGGUUUGAUAUUGGUGUUGUUGGUUGGCUGGAACACAUAGCUGGGCGUGUUUUAUCGACGACCGUUUCGAUUUUAAAAAACAAUCAUCGGGUAAUAUAACGACGCGUGUUGAUAAACGCAAUGUAAUGAACUGAUCAUUCUAAAAUAGGUACCUAUACCCAUUAUCUGUGUGCGAUUAUUCUUUUAGUCAAACCGGUUUUCGACCGAAAAUAAAAUUAACACCACCGCUUUGAAUCCAAACAGAAAAAUGUCUAAUUAGUAAUUGCAUUAAAUGUGUUCUCGUCGUGCGGCACGAAUGUACCCGGGGAGCCUAUUCCCGAAUCAAACGAAAAGGCAUUUUUCCGCCGAAUCGGAUCUCAAACACUCGAUAAUCGAGAAAAAUUGUAAGAAAAAAAAAAAAAAAUCGUCGACUGCUCUUCUCCCCCUAUACCCUUCGAUUGAUUUCGACCGACGGUUAUUUUCAACCGAAAACGCUUUUCUAAUGAUUUUAUACGAUUGUUCCCCGCGCCCCCAUACUACAUAAAUCAGCCUGUUCCUACAACACACGAUUACAUUAUUGAUAGUAUUGGAUAUGUAUGCGGUUAUGCGCAUGCAGCUCACGAAAUAUUCAGUUAAGUAGGCGGUGAUUUCAAACGCAAAGUUCAGUUUUCUCGGGUGCUCGGUCAAUUCGAUUAGCGCACGCAUACGUUAAACGACUGAAACUCGUUCCGUUCUUUUUAAUCGUUUUCCGAGCCCUGUACUUGGGAGUAUUUUGAUUCCGUACAGCCGCUGAAUAAUGCGCAUUACUGUCUACAGAUUUCUGGCGGAGGAACAACAAAAAUUGAUGACCAGGCUGGAGACGAGAAGUUUGCCGGGUGCCAACAUGGCCACGCAGACGGAAGUGCACACGAGCACGCAGACCACGAGUUCGUGUCUGCGGGCCAGGGGUCAGAGCGAGUGCGGACAGGGCGGUGCGGGCAGACGGAGCCGCGGUUACGACGACCGGGAUUAUUCCAGAUCGGCCCACUAUCCGCGCCGGUCGUCCAGCACACCGCGGAGACACAUGUUCAACAGCCCGAUCAUGGAGGAGACGGGCAGCGGUUCGGGCGCCAGCAGUGGCCCGCGGUCGGCCAACGCGCCGAUGACCGCCAGCAGUGGCCCGCGGUCGGCCAACGGGCCUGUGACCGUCAGCAAAGGCUCGCGGCCCGUUUAUGGGCCGAUAACCGCCGGCAAUGUCGGUCUGCGAACAACGGUUGACGCGCCGCCGAGAGCGCCGUUGUCAACCGUUGACGGCGCAGGGCGGCGUCGUCAACAGUUCGCCGCCAUGUCAUCGACAUCUUCGUCGCUGGGGGCGACCGCCACGGAAGAACGCCGUUCCCGGUCGUAUUCCAGUCUACGAGAACUCGACCUGGACAGACAGUUGCAGUACAUGACGCCGUCACUCAGGUCUCGAGCGCUGGCCCGGAGACGGUUGUCCACGUCACUGCCGGCACGCGGCAACCGCGACAGGCCGUCUCUGAGGGCCAUGCAAAUGUUGGAGAAGAAGAGCGUGUUUACGAUCGCCUACGGAGACGUGGCCACCCAAAAAAUCAACUGCAGCGCCGACUCGUCGUCCAACAACUGGGAUUGA